UUUUCUUGAUGCCAUUUUUUUUUUCAUCCUCUGGAGGAACUAGCUUGGCAGCCUUACGGCCUGCUAUACAACAUUAUGAUACUUGGACCAAAUCAGCUGCUCAUGAUCCAGCCUCAUUAAACGAUCCCGUAUUGACACAACAAGGUGCUUCAUACACGCACGCUGGGCGAAAUGGUCGAAACGCGUGAAAGAAAACCCGCACGGGCGAGCGCGAUACAGUCCAUGGAUGGGGUAAUAACACAUCCCUGUAACAUCUCCCCGUGAUUGCUGAACCGAAACGUAGCUUUUCUGCGAUCCAUACGUUGAAUCGACAGGGCAUCGUUCUGUAAAUGGGUUGGACAAGUAAGAGCAGUCGGCGGUGGGGGGGAAAGAUGAGGAGUAUUAAUAGGGAGGCUUGAGUGUCAGGGCUUUUUUACCCGGGCAGACGGAGAAGGGGAGAAUAGGGGGGCAGCCUCGUUGCGCAUCCUAAAAUACAUCAAACAUGGACGUGCUGGGAGUUCUCAAUUUGAGCGAUUUCCCCCAAGUUUUUUCAAAAAUGGGAAUGUUUCCAGUUUUUGAUCUCGCUUAUUACAUCGUGUCCAUACUCUACCUCAAGUAUGAACCAGGGUCAGUGGAGGUCUCUCGGAGGAGUCCUGUGGCCUCCUGGCUGUGUGCCAUGCUCUACUGCUUUGGGAGCUAUAUCCUGGCAGACAUCAUGCUCGGGAGCAGCCCCAUCGACUAUUUCCAACACAACAGCCACAUCCUUCUGGCCUCCGCUGUUUGGUACCUCAUCUUUUACUGCCCGCUGAACCUCUUCUACAAAUGCGUGGCUUUCCUGCCCGUCAAGCUGGUGUUGGUCGCCUUGAAAGAAGUUGUCCGCACACGCAAAAUCGCCGCCGGCGUUCACCAUGCCCAGCACGCCUACCACCACGGCUUCUUCAUCAUGGUGAUCAUCGGCUACGUCAAAGGGUCUGGAGUGGCUCUCAUGUCCAAUUUUGAGCAGCUGCUGCGCGGCGUGUGGAGGCCUGAGACCAAUGAGAUCCUGAACAUGUCAUUCCCGACCAAAGCCAGCCUGUACGGAGCCAUUCUGUUCACCCUUCAGGAGGCCCACUGGAUCCCCAUCUCCAAGAGCACCCUCAUCCUCAUCUUCACUCUGUUCAUGGCCACAUUCAAAGUGGUGAUGACUUCCCGCCACUCCCAUGGCUCUCCCUUCGCCCUCAUCGAGUCCUGGGUGUGCCACCUGCUCUUCGGCUCCCCUCUGGGAGGAGGUGAGGAGGACCACCACCACCACCCUGCUCCUGCCCCCGCCAUCCCCUCAUCACCCCUGAAAACCAAGGAGGAGCUCAACGAAGGCACCCGCAAGAGAAAGUCCAAGAAGGCAGAGUAGGAUGUCACAGAGGAGGGGGAGGGCUGUGUCCUCCCAUCCACAAACUGUGUCUGACCUCACAUCAUGGCAGAGACACCAUGGGCUUUCCCAUUCCUUGCCAAGGAAAGGGGCAGUUUGAUGUUUACCAAAUGAGGCCCUUUCUAUUCAAGCAAAAUGGUGCUUUUCUGCAUACUUCAUAGUACAAGGACUCUGUAAAUACCACACCAAACGUUUCACACUUUUAACACAUCAGUUCAGCCAGCACACCUAUGUAUAAAUGUACCUGCUUUAACAUCAGUGGAAAUCCACAUUUGUGUGCAACAGUAUGCUGGAAUCCAUGUUGUAGGAGAGACAUGGUUGGUUUAGGAUGGCCUCUGUUCCAAACUAAGUAUUCGUGCUAGCAGCUAUCAGUGGUCUAUUUCUUUUAGUUCAAUCAACCUUAUUUCAAUACAAUAAGUAAUUACAUAAAAAGCAUAGUCUGACUCUGGAUCAGAAUAUCAAAUGUGAAUAAAAGCAAUACUUGGGAUGAAACACUGCUGCUCUUUACACAAAGAUAAAGACUACUUUAUGUCUUAUAAUAAAGUAAUUAUAAAAAGUGGCAUCUUGGUAGCCCGACAUUUAAUACAGAAAGUUCAGUCUCAACUGAGUGACUGAGGAAGUCACUUAGAUGAGUGAUGAAACGUUUCUCUCAAUAAACGUACCCAGAUGAACUGAUUCUAUGAUUUCCUUACC